AUGACCAAGCACAUUAAUGAAGCUCAAGUCGAAAUCGAAAAAAAUAUUCAAUAUCUUAAUAACCAAGUCAUAAAGAAUUCUCAAACUAUCAACAGUCUAAUCACGAAAACAGCUUUGUUAGAGCAAUCAACGUUAUUCCAAAUCCUUCUAAAUCAGUAUGCUUAUGAAACGCAAAAUAUUGUUUCUAUUAUCAACUCUGCUAUCCAUGGCAAAAUUCACACCACAGUUUUGCCUCCUAACAUGUUACUAUCUCAGCUACGGGAAAUACAGCUAGAACUUCCCGCUGGCAAUCAACUUCCGUUAGAAAUUAAUAUACAAAAUAUUCCUGAACUCCUUUCAAUCUCUUCUACAUCCAUAAUUUAUAGAGAUAACUUUCUCAUUUUUAUAUUGCAAUGUCCAAUAGUUAAAAUCGAUGAAUAUAAUCUCUAUCACACGAUACCUUUACCAUUCUAUUUUGAAAACAAUAAUGUUGUUCUAGUAAAACCAGACAAUGAUUAUAUAGCAAUUAGCGAUGAUAGUGAGUUUUAUUUAACUUUUAGUCAAUCGCAAAUAGAAACAUGUAUACCACUGAACUCAUAUACAUUAUGUAAAGGUAAUCAUCCAGUUUAUCGUAAAUCUUCUUCUAAGCUAUGUGAGAUUUUAUUGUUAGAAAAUCCACAAGAUUUACCCCAAUCCUGCAAAAUCAUUUAUGUAUCAUUUAAUAACAGUAUAUGGAAUCGGUUAUCGAAUACCAAUUCCUGGAUUUAUUGUACGCGAGACGAACUAGUAACUCUGAAUUGUAAAUCUCCUCAACGCACCUUUUCUGUUUAUAUAAAAAAUAUUGGUCGUUUAACAAUAUCUCCUACUUGUACUGUUCAUACCACUUCAUUAAUUCUAACGCCCAUUUCAACUGUACUCUACAACCAUUCUAAUGAUAUAGUCCCUCUGAAUCCUAUGUUUAACUUAAUUAACACGUACACAGAAUCCAUUAUUAAGGUAACUCCGCAACAAAUAACAAAUACCGAUUUAUUCAACGAUCUUUGUAAAUUAGUUAAACAUACUACAAAUUGGUAUACAAAUCCAAAUAGCAAUCAUUUUUUACUAAGUCAUUAUCAUAUUGUAAUCAUAUAUACUUGUUUGUCAAUUUGUAUCAUAUCAAUUAUAAUUGUCGCUGUAUUCUUUAAGUGUAAGAAAAAAGUAAUUCAAGUAUAUACCACUGAAAUUAAUAAUACGCAACUCUGAAUCUCUCUAUUUUAAAUUAUAUAAUUCGCCAAUAUGAAAAACAUUCUAAAUCCCUUUGCAAUUGUAUAACUUUAUUUAUCUGAUUUCCCUUGAGUCAAUGGGAAUCAUUAGACCCCCAUUGCUCAUUUAGGUUGGGGGGUGUUAAGAACCCCUGAAUAUUAUUUUAUAAUUGUGUGGAGUAUAUAAUACAUGGUCGUCCGACUGUCGUCGAACACAGGAAUGUGCUGACCAAGGGUUUUAGGGCAACCAUGGGCAAAGGACUCCCACUGUAGGUACCCUACAGUCAGUCGUGGUUUAGUAUGCGCUAGUUACACUCAUUCUAUAUCAUUCUAAAUCAUUCUAUAUCAUUCUAAAUCAUUCUAUAUCAUUCUAUAUCAUUCUA